CGGCCAAACCCGACGUCGGGGGGAGGGAGGAUAAAGCGGAGCCGGGCCCCGCUGUGUUUUAAUUGCUGGGUUUAGCUCUUCUGGCACGUUUGCCGCCCCGGCCCCCCAUUGCGCUGCGGCGAUUCCUGGCGCAGGCAGGUGCGGCGGCCGGUGCCCUGGCGCGGCUCGGAGCUCAGAGUCUCUUCAAUGGAAGUAUGUUACCAGCUGCCGGUGCUGCCCCUGGACAGGCCGGUCCCGCAGCAUGUCCUCAGCCGCAGAGGGGCCAUCAGCUUCAGCUCCAGCUCCGCGCUCUUCGGUUGCCCCAACCCCAGGCAGCUCUCUCAGAGACGUGGAGCAAUUUCCUAUGACAGCUCUGAUCAAACUGCAUUGUACAUUCGUAUGCUAGGAGAUGUGCGAGUAAGAAGUCGGGCAGGAUUUGAAACAGAAAGAAGAGGUUCUCAUCCAUACAUUGAUUUCCGUAUUUUUCACUCAAAUUCUGAAAUUGAAGUGUCUGUGUCUGCAAGGAAUAUUCGAAGAUUACUUAGUUUCCAGCGGUACUUGAGAUCAUCUCGUUUCUUCCGUGGUAUUACUGUUCCAAGUUCCUCAAACAUUUUAGAUGAUGAUUAUAAUGGACAAGCAAAGUGUAUGCUGGAGAAAGUUGGAAAAUGGAAUUUUGAUAUCUUUCUUCUUGAUAGGCUAACAAAUGGGAACAGUCUAGUCAGCUUAACCUUCCACCUGUUUAAUCUUCAUGGACUGAUAGAACACUUCCACUUAGAUAUGAUGAAACUUCGUAGAUUUUUAGUUAUGGUUCAAGAAGACUAUCAUAGUCACAACCCUUAUCAUAAUGCAGUUCAUGCUGCUGAUGUGACUCAAGCCAUGCACUGUUAUUUAAAAGAACCUAAGCUUUCCAAAUCUCUAACUCCAUGGGACGUUCUGCUGAGUUUAAUUGCAGCUGCCACCCAUGAUUUGGAUCAUCCAGGUGUUAAUCAGCCUUUCCUUAUUAAAACAAACCAUUACUUAGCAACUUUAUAUAAGAAUAUCUCAGUAUUAGAAAAUCACCACUGGAGAUCAGCAGUGGGGUUGUUGAGAGAGUCUGGUUUAUUUGCACAUAUGUCAUUAGAAAACAGGAAGCUGAUGGAAAGCCAGAUAGGUGCUCUGAUUCUUGCUACAGACAUAAGUCGGCAAAAUGAAUACCUGUCCAUGUUUAGAACCCAUUUGGACAGAGGAGACCUAUGUUUAGAGGAGGCAGAGCAUCGCCACUUCAUUUUACAGGAAAAUGGUCUUCAGCUGCCAUGGGUGACCAGUGAAGACAGGAUGUUUUAUUCUUUAGUUGCGUUUAGUGUGCACAAGGCCUGCUUACACAAUGAGAUGGAGUACCAGCAAGUCCUGCUGAGGCUCCAGAAGAUCCUCACUCUGUAGAGGGCAAAACCAGCCCUUUUUGCCUGCACAUGUUAGAGAGGAGCAAUGAAAGCAGAGGAAGGAGCAGAUGAGUCAGAAGCAGAGGAGGGGGAAUUAGAAAUGGAAGUUAAGGUUUUCAGUCUGUCACUGAUCCCUGCAGUCAGAAACUGGGUUAACAAAUCUUUCAUUGAGGUGCAAGGUUUUUGCUCCUCCCUCUAAAGAAAAUCCCUAAGAGACUGGUUAAGACUGUUUUAGAGUUAACUUUGGGUCCCUUGGGCAAUACUCUAAGGUAUAUUGUGGGGUACUGCUGUAUUGUUAUGAAGCCUUGGUUUGUGCUGGCAGAUGCCUCUUGAUAGGGAGGUAUACAGAAGGAUAAAACACUUCCUUUGAGAAAGAGGAACAUUAAACUCGAGGGAGGACCCUCUUAAAGAGUGCAGAAAUCCUUGAUUUCAGAUUGGUCAUCCUGUCUACAAAAGUCAAUGAAUAGUAAAAACCCGGGGUUUUGACCUGUCCUGACCAAGCCAUAAACAACAAAUUUUCAGUUAAGUGGAGACUUAUGUUUUGUUUUUCAAAAAUAAGUAAUGCAAGGAAGUAAACUGAAUUAUACUAACUCAAUCCUACUAGGAUCUCUGGCGUUGAAACUAUGCUAUCAGUUAAUUCUUUAAAAUGUCUUAUUGCAAUUAUAAAAUGGGGAGCGGGAAUGUUAAAUGGCUUUAAGAUAGUGUUUUCCUAACUGCUAACUUAAUUUUUGGUUAGAUUUAAUUAAAAUAAAUACUGUUUGUAAUUUUAUUUCAUAUAUAAAUGUCUUUAUAUUGACUGCUCUGCAUACGGUGCCCUUGAGAGGUACUUUGUAUUUAACUCUCAUUCACUUUAUCCAGGAUAGAAGUCUGUUUGCCUUCAGUUUUACUUAGCUCUGUUCAUGACCUCUUAUAAUUCUCCAAAUAGCAUUCUGUUAGUCUACUAUGGGUAAGGCUAAGAUUUUGUGACAGAUAUUUUUAGUAUAAGUCACAGACAGGUCACGGGCAAAACAGAAAAUCACAGAAGCCGUAACCUGUCCCUAACUUUUACUAAAAAUAUACGUGACAAAAUGAGGAUCUGGGGAUCUCCAACCUACUUCAAGUGGGGCAGCUGCAGGGACUAGAGCUGCCUGUAGCAGCUGGGGGCUGUGAGGUACCCGCCACCUGCAGCUCUGGGCAUCCCUCGUUGCCCGCCGGGACUGGGAGCUUGGGGAUUCCCUGCCACCCACGGGAACCAGGAGCUUGGGUUCCUCUGGAGCAGCUCAGAGAUGCCUGCCACCCCCAGCGGCUGGGAGCUCGGGGGUUCCCUGCCAUCCCCAGGAGCUCAGGGUUUUCCUCCACUGCUGCCCACUGGGAGCUCAGGGUUCCCCCGCAGUGCCGUCCUGGGCAUCAGGGAGCUGGAGAUUUCCCCACCACUACCUACUGGGAGAUGGGGGUUCUCCCACCACCUGCCAGGAGUUGCGGGGGGGGGGGUCCCCCACCGCCACUAGUGGCAGAGAGCUCAGGGGUUUCCCCGGUGGCUACAGGGAGCUCAGGGGCAUCCCCCUCUGCUGUCUUCCCAGUGGGGCAGGGAGCUGCAGGGGCCACCAUAGGUGGCAGGGGUACCCCACAGCUUCCUGCCCCAGCGGGUGGCAGGGGACCCUGCAGCUCUCAACCAUCGCAGUCUGAAGUCAAGGAGGACACUGGAAUUCACGGAUUCCGUGACUUCUGCGACUUCCGUGACUAAAUUGCAGCCUUAACUAUGGUAUAUAGUUUUAGAGUGAAAUGCAAGUGGUUGGGUUUGUUACCCUGAAUGAGAUGUUACGGAAUACAGUAGUAGCUACUCUAGAAAUUAUGCUGCUUUUUUGUAUUCAUAUUUUUGCAUGUAGAAAAAAAUUGAAAGUAGUGUAACCCUGUAUAUGUAA